ACGAGGCUUGGGAAGGAUGGCGGCGGGCGGGGCGAGGCGUGCGGCGCUGGUGGCGGUGCUCGUGGUGACGGUGAGCGGCUACCACGCCCACCGCCCCCUACACAGCCUGCAAUACAUGCACCCAGACGGCGAGGGACGACCUGCCAUUUCACAGGACGACCAUGGUAAUGAGGCGCCCGAGAGCAAGGCCAGGGAGCAGCGUGAGAGCGUUCCCGUGCGUCCCCGCAGGUACGUUGGGGAUGGCCACAUCGGAGUCAAGAUAGACCAAGGAGCAUUUAGCGGUGCAUAUUCUUUCCGCUCCUCCCUCAUCGUGUGUGAGCAGCUCGUGUUGUUGCGACACACCUCCCAGGCCGGCCAGACCGUCUCCUGUACUUUCAGUGGCCGCCUCAAGACACCCGAGGCGAGGGCGCAGCAAGUGGCCAGGUGGGGGCGAGGAGCCGAGGUCGCCGUGCAGUUCGUGUCGGUGGACGUGUUCAUGAACGUGGUGCAGGAGUGUCUGCGGCUGGAGGAGUCCCCAAAACCCCCUCCUCCAGACUGGAGCAUUCUGUCGCUGCUUCAGAUCCGCUCCCCGGGUACGCUGUGGUGCGGCAAUGGCCAGACGGCGGAGGACCUGGCCGAGCUGGGGGCGUGGGGGCCCGUGGACCACUGCUGCCGCCUGCACGACCUGUGCCCCGUCCAGCUGCCGCCCUAUGUGCGAUAUCGUGGGGCCAUCAACAUCACGCCCAAACCGCUGAGUCACUGCACGUGUGACGUGCGCUUCGCCUCCUGCCUGUACAAGGUCAACAACCGGCGCGCCAGCUUCAUCUUUCACACCUACUUCAACGUGCUCUUCCGCAGAGGCUUCUGUGCCACCAUUCAGCCCCGCGAGCGACGUAUGGGGUUCACCCGAGGCUUCACCCGCUUCUGGACUCAUCUCAUAGACUCAUUUGAUUUAAUGUCUGACCCCGACGAGGAGGAGACAAUUAGGAAGAGGCGGAAAGUUAUUACAUCUCCCAGCAGAGAGCUUACAUCAGUGUCUACUAACACCACUCACGUUGCCAGUCCCCUUUCAACCAUGGAGCUUACUCCGUCGUCUACCCAACCACCACAAACGAUGACACUAGGCUCCUCCCCUUCCCCCUCCCCCUUCCCCUCCCCCUGCUCAGCAUCAUUCCCUUCCUCCUUCUGAUCUUCAUCUUCAAUGUUUUCCGUUUCUCCCACCACCAUUUUUCACAACGACAACGGUAUGACCACUCUACAGACAAGUAAACAAGAACCAACUCAUAAAAAAAUUGAAUUCACCUCAUUGCUUCUGAAACUGAUUUCUAACACAUGUAUUACAGGCCCACUUCCCACACCCCCUCUCCUUGAUGUAACCCCUACUCCUUCACCAACACCUCCAUUGCCUCACACAACCAAGACGAUCGAAGCUCUACCACACACCAGGGAAACCGGGGAUCCUCAGAGCCACAAUGCUGAAAAUCCUCCUAGUAAACAGCAAGGAAAAGUGGAAGCAUCAGAACGCCACCAGGAACAUGAGGCUCAUUAUACUUGCACUCACGUACAGGAGAGAAUAGAUUCAUCUCGAUGGUCUAAUGAAUCAAGUCGUGACAAAGAAGGGCAAGAAAACAACUUAUUUCAGAUAAUACCUUUCAGGCGUUACUUGGCAGAGUGUGGUGUAGAGGAGGAGAAUGGCCUCAAAGGAGACGAGGAAGAGGAGGAGGGAGAGGAGGAGGAGGGAUCCAGGUAUAAGCAACAUUAAUUCCUUAUGUGAUGCAUUGAUUAAUAAAUGGUGAAAGAAAUCAAAUCCUUCAUAGACCAGUACAACCUUGCAGUGACAGAAAACAAGUAAUUUCUUUUCUAACGAGCAUACUUCCUCUCACAAUAACAAUGAUAGCUUAGUCUGAAUUUCGAACUGUUCGAAACAAAUAAUUGUCUGACAUUGUAUGCAUGAUGUCAGUCGAGUGAGCAUAGAAAAUUGUUAAAUAAACAUUAUAUGACUUUACCGA